ACAAAGCCCAGCUGAUUGGACAAGAGAAGAGGGGAAAGUAGUACCACAAGAGGAAGGGGGAACAGGAUGCAGGGGGGGACCAGCAUUUAGCUAUCUGGAGGAGUGGAAUCGUCAAGGUGACCUCUGCUCACCGGAAGAAAAAUCUGGCCACAAUAUCCGGGUGGGAUGUAGCGUCGGGGCUGGCUCAAUGUUCAGUGGCGGUGAUGGACAGUGCUUCAAGGUCUGAUCUUGGUCUACACCAGAGGGGGGACAACCCACCCAUCGCACAGGUUCUGCGAUCUGUCGUACACAGACACGAUUGCUUAAAUUUCUUUGGCUGCUGGCGGAUAAGACGUCAUGAACUUUGGUCCAUUUCCUUGCUCUUUGUUGGAGGAGAUAUCAGAAUACGAGCAUGAACCUUAGUAUCGGAGACAUCUUAAGGCCAUAGAUUUCUUCGGUCUUUACUCAAGCUUCUUCUGCAAGUUUCUGUUGCUUCAUUUCGGCCAGGCUCGUGCAAUUUGACAGCUUGAGGGUCUUGAAGUCUUCUCUAUUCAAGUGGGCUCCUGUCUCUUGCCGAGUCUUGCAAAAUCGGCCUCAACGUAAUUGAACGUGAUUCGGGCGCAUCUCCUUCAUUCGUGGAAAUGAAACAAGUGCAUUGGAAGGCCUUGGUUGAGCGACAUCGUGGAAUCUAAGAAUGAUAUUCAGAGCUUGUCAUCACAGUCAAUGUCGAAAAUGAACAGGGUUUUCUUUCUGAGCUCUCGAGUAGAUAUUUGAGAGUCUCUGAGAGUACUUGGGUAGUUCAGGUGGCUGCUCAGAGAUGGAGUGAAGCAAACAGAUGCACACGGGCGAGGAAUAUAAGGCGAUAGACGAAGAAAGCUGUAUUUUCGAGACACGACGGGUAAUCUGGACGAAUGCCCCCUAAACGAGAACAUUUAGUCAUUGAACGUGCUCUUGGUACAAGACAUGGUGUAUUUUUGAAAAUGAAAGGCAUCAUACAACCAAGCGGCAUUUCAGGUAAAGUAGAAGGCUUUGUGAUGGGACACUCCGCAAGAUGUGCUACCGCGUUCAUCAUGUAUACCGAAAGAUGGGCUCACACAUCGGCCGUCGUCACCUUUUCCUAAAAUACUGCUCGGAAGCCGUUCCCAGUGUUCUGGGCCCGGAAGUGAAGUGAAGGAGGUGGGAUGGACGAGGUGUGACGUGAAAAUUGUGGCCAGAACCGAUCAAGAGGAACAAGGACACUGGCAUGUCCGCGGCUGCUUUCGUCUCCGUUCACCUCUACCAUGGACGACAUAAGCACAACUGAAGAUGCUAAAUGCUGAAUUCCAGUCGUUCGAGUUCUCUGCUAGUAGCAUGCGGGGCAUUGGAGGCCUUAACGGAAGCAGUUUUGACGAGCAGCGAUUUGCCUCCGGAUUCGCAGACGCGUGCUGCUUG